UGUCAGCAGCAGCUCCGCCGUAGAAUCACCACAAACGAACAUUAGCAGUACAUGGAGGGCGGGUGUGUCAACGGUGCAAUUGAGCCACCGACCAAGGCCAGGCAAGCCGCCAUCCCAUCCGAUGCCUGCCUCGUCACCAAACCCUCAAUUGCGUCCAACGCAUGAUUUCCACGCGGCCGAUACUCCUUAUCGAUUGACAAGCUGAGCUUCCGUCAUAGUAUUAGGAGUCGCCAGCUCUCCGACAUUGAAUGCCCGUUGAAGAGCACGAGCUACGAGCUCUCUUUGCCUUUCACUCCACCUAUGCACAGGAUUUCUCGUGUUUGACCUCACCCACCCUCGCAGGCAAGGAUGGGUCAGGAUCAGUCUACAGAAGUGCGGCCGCCGAGCCGGGAGCAGGUGGCAAGACAUCUUGCGGCCAAGUUUGCCGAAAAGUGCUUCUCGCCCCUGGAGCUCUACUCCUUGAAGGACAACUUCGGGAGCCUAGCGGACCGUGAGCAGGACGUCCACUAUCUCAAGGAGGCCACCGUCGUCAGCUUCCUCGAGAUCCCCGGCGUCCUGGGCGCCUCCCCGGUGCUGUUCCACGCCAUUUCGUACAUCGGCGCUUUUCCCUUCCUCCAGGACGCCCCCGCGGUGCUGGGGCUGAACCAGAUGAUCGUCGUCAUCACCAUUAUGACGGACCGGUUCCACCGCGUCCUGGCCAAGGGCUCUGCCGACAGGACGAAACUGCUGUUCAAGAGCCUGGCCGUGUACGACCGGAGGCUGUCCGAGGUGGUCGCCCCUGAGAUGCCGUUCUCGCCCAACAAAGGGUCGGCUGCAUCUGUGGCCGUGGAAUCGCCAGUGGCCACCACCGCCGCACGGGGAUUCGCCGUGGAUGAGGUCGGUGAGGAUGAUGAGUUUGACCAAGAUGCCGACAUCAUUGCUGCCGAGGAUGAUGAUCUCGUGAUGGCGGCCUUCGAAUCCUUGGAUCUCGUCGACGUGUUCAGGCAUGGGAACACUCCUGCAAUACGCGGGGCAAUGAUACCUGCGGAAAACUUGGAGAAGCUGCUGAUGCUGCUGCUUCUGGUCGCCCCUCUCGAUCCCCAGGAGCACCUGUCGCAGUAUGCCGACAGGGUAGCGGGGGAGAAGCUAGAAGGGCUACGGGCUGUCGCCAAGUGCGUUCUCUCGUCCUUCAUCGACACCAAGCAGACUCCAGGAGUCAGGUUUGGCACAUUUAAAAGGAUCAUACCGGUCUGCUUUCCUCACAUGUUCGACGGUCUCAACGGACUCUUUACGCACUUCUUGUUCUCCAAGAACAUGGACUUUAGCAAGCAGAGAACCACCGAAGGCGAGGAUCCACAGUCGCCAGUCAAGAUGGUCGAGCAGCCGCAAAUGGCAGCACCACUACUUCUCGAUCAGGACAAGGCGUCCAUCCUAGAUGCAAAUUUCAUCUCGCAGCUCUCCUUCUUCAUACCCGGCAGCACCCUCUUCCGUCGGAUGCGGCUGCUCUACUCGGGUGAGGAGGACGGCUUCUCCAUGGGCAGCUUCGAGUCCAAGGUCUUCAACUGGCACGCCCCGACCGUGCUCCUCGUGCGUGGCCGCAGGCUCGGCCACAGGCCCGAGGGAACCCAGGAGCACACCUUUGCCGACUCCAUCCCGCCCCGCCGCUUCCCGGACGGCUCGGGCGGCGGCGAGGACGAGGAGCUCACGUUCGGCGCCUACGUGGGCCAGCCGUGGCGCCACACGCACCGCGAGUGCUUCGGCGACGAGCACAGCGUCCUGUUCCAGCUGGAGCCCGUCCACGACGUGUUCCGCGCCAGCGUGCUCAACAAGGACUACGCGGCCUUUGUAAAGGCGUCGCCGUCGGCCUCGCACCCCGGAAUCGCCUUUGGGUGCCCGCCGCCCACGACCAACUCCAAGGCGUCGUCGUCGUCGUCCACACCCAUCGCGCUGGGCAGCGUGUCACUCUUCCUCGACUCCAGCUUCGAGUUCGGCGUGUUCACGCACGACCACGCCCGGCGCGGCGGCGCCUUCGCCACCAGCGUCGUGCGGAGGCGGAACCUGCAGGACCGGUUCGCCAUAGACUCCCUCGAGGUCUGGGGCUGCGGAGGCGACGAGGAGGCCAAGAUCCAGGCCGAGCGGUGGGCCUGGGAGGCGAGGGAGGCCGAGGCCAGGCGGCGGAUCAACCUCGGCACCGGCGACAGGGACGCGGACCGGGCGUUGCUGGAGAUGGCCGGCCUGGUGGGACAGAACCGGAGCGGCGGCAGUAUGGCCUAACCACGGUAUUCUUGACCACUUGAGAAAGCCCAUGAGGGCUCUUGUACCUUUGAUCCUCUUGCAUUUGGCGUAGUACGUUACCUUUUGGGAGUCGGGCGCAACUGUGCAUUUCUUCAAGCCCGCUAGCCAUACUCGGAUACAAGGCCGUUAGCCGCACAGAUAUGUUUAGAUAUUUAGCAGGCGUGUUUGAACGGACAGGCCAGCCAGCGGCAAAACACAAGUCGUAAUUUCACAAGGGGAGAACCUGCCCCAACGCGCCGA